GAUAAGACCAAUCACUCGGUAAUUUAACACACAAUGUCUGGCCACCGUCCUCGGCGAUCCGGAGGCAGAAACCCUCGCAUCUCCAUUCCAAGGCGCAGCUACACAGAGCCACAUAUUAAUUCUGCCUCACCAAGACCGCCUGAUGAGGAACUUGUAGAAAGGGAAGAAGCUAUCCCUCCGACGAGGGCAUUCAUUGUUCGGGCGUUGGCUCUUCUGUGUGCAUGUUCCCUCAGCGUCGGUAGUCACUAUGCGUCAUACACACUCGGGCCACUAAAGUCCCGACUUGCGCGAGAGAUCGGAACAUCCAACACGGAAUUUAGUCUGCUGAUUUCUGCAUUCAGCUUAAACAGCACAUGGACGCCUCUAAUUGGGGGCCUGAUGGCGAGUAAACUUGGCACAACGUUCACCAGUAUUAUUGCUACUGGCGUCAUAUUUUUUGGCCAGGUUUUACUACUUCUUGGUGACGUGAAAGAAGAUGUUCGACUGAUGGUAUUUGGGCUGUUCGUGUUCGGAUUUGGAGUCAGCCCUCUUGCCGUUGUGCAGGAGUCGAUUAUUGUGCGAUUCUUCAAAGCGCACGGGCUCGGCAUCUCAAUGGCACUGGGUCUUGUAGCUGGAAAAUUUGCGUCAUUUAUUUCAGCGCGGACUUCCCUCCCUCUUGCGGAGCGGUUUGGGCGCCAUGCGCCAUUCUACGCAUCCACAUGCCUUGCUGCUCUUUCCUUUUUCAUCAACUUGGUCUACAUGUUAUCCUCAAAAUGGCUUAUACGGGGAUCUGGAACUGUUUUAGAGGCUUCCGAGAUCCGACGUGAGGCGAGGCGCCGCUCCUUGUAUGAUCUUUCUGAGGUUCAGGCGCUGGAGAAAGUUGCAAAAAAGCGCCGCAUCAGGUUCAAAGAUAUUCCCAAGCUUGGGGAUAUCUUCUGGGCCUACAUUGGGCUGAACAUCCUUUGUGGCACUGUGUGGGCUCCUUUCACCCACUUGGCAGCCAACAUUUUUGAAAGGAGAUAUGGAUUGACGGAGGACGCUGCCAGCACACAAGCCUCCUACCUUCUAAUUGGGAGCAUACUUUUGUAUCCCAUUACCGGAUUUAUGGUAGACCGGAUUCAGCAUCCACAAACAGUACUUCGCAUGUUCACGCUGUCAUCGGUAUUGACGCUGCUUGGAUAUGCAUGGCUUGUUCUUCCACCAGCGUGGACCAGAACACCUUCACCUGCAGUUGCUGCCUUUGCGACCGGCAUUGGCUUCUCCCCAUUACUCCUUGUGGUCCUGGUUCCUCAGCUGGUCCCGUUCAAGUUUGUAUCAACCACUCUGGGCGUCCACAAAAGCAUGGAACAAACGGGCGCGACAAUUUUUCAAACUAUAGCCGGCCUUGUUUUGGAUGGUGCAUCACCCCGUCAACGAGCACAAGGUGACCAGUCCACGACUCAGCAGUUGUUGAACGUGUUUUUUGUUUUCAAUGUUCUGCAACUGCUAGGCAUCAUCGGUCUCUCGCAUCUUGACCAUCGGCGGAGGCAGGCAGAGACUCUUGAGGAGGUCAUCGGGGAUGAAGAGGCUGAACAUGAAUCAGAAGAAGAGUCAACCUUCACCGGAGGCGAAGGAGACAUCCUCGCCUCUGAAAUCGGACCGCUGUCUUCUCUAGAACAAAGGAAGCCUCUGCUUGGUCGUCGGCCUAGGGCAGAUUCUGGAGCCAGUUACUUCCCAUCUUCAUGUUCUUCCCAGGGGGUCUGUGGACACUCUGAGAUAAGGAGGGGUAGGAUUUUUGCGUGUCUUUGUGCCAUGCUGGUUUGCAGUGCCUGGGUAUUGUUUUUGAGCACUGCAUGGUUGAGGCUCCGGUCGAGACAGCAAAGAGAUCUAUAAUAGUUCACUGGCUAUUUAAAUAACUGUAGUACU